AUGCCCCGCAACACGGUCUCCGCCUGUAAGCGUAACGAUUCCAAGCCACUACCUAGACGCUCUGCGCGCAUUCAACAACAGCAAAAGGCCAUGGUACAGGCUCCGGCCAAGCCAGCGCAAUGCGGACGAACAAAUCGCCAGUCCGGAGCAAGCUCUCAAGGCACCUCGAAGAGAAAGCGGAAGAGAGAUGAUAAGGGCGAGGAGGCCUGCGAUGUACAGGCCGCUAAGAAGCGCUCUUCGCGUUCCGGCAAUAUCACUCCAUCUCACGAGGCUGAGGCAGCCAAGCCUAUCAAGCGUACCGUACAAUUUGAUGAUAACGAGCCCCUCGAAGCGCUCUCCGACGAUGGAGCUGCUGAGGAGGCCGCGGCGAAGGCCGCAGCCCUAUCCGUCUCCCCAGAAUUCCUUGCCAGUCGUUCAGAGAACGCUCGGUAUGCGGCUUUGGGUCCCCGCGAGAUACCGUGUCCUCCAGAUGCCGUGACGAGGAUUACGCCAAGCCGUACACUGGAUAGCAAGGGGCGCGUACUUUUGCAGUACCCAAUCCGCUAUAUCCUGGCCUACAGGAUUGAAGUCGGCGACCUAUACAACUACCUUAAAUCCGUGAAGCGCGACUUUCACGACUUCCAGGGCACCCUACUCUAUUUUCAGCUACAACUCGACGAGGAGCUGGACAUGCGGCGUACACAAGGAAUGAACGAAACGGUGUACAUGGGAGAGCGGGUGUGGACGAUGGUAAUGUCGCAAUCGGACCGCCCGGAGACGCUUCCAUACCCGACCCAACGCAUCCGCAAAUUCCAAGAAAUCAUGGGCUGGGCCGUCUACGCCGCUCUACACUGUGCUACGAAGACUCUCAGCUACGACGCUCUGCGCGCAUUCAACAACAGCAAAAGGCUGCGAUACAGGCUCCGGCCAACCCAGCACAAUGCGGACGAACAAGUGGCAAAUCCAGAGCGAGCGCUCAAGGCACCGCGAAGAGAAAGCGGAAGAGGGACGCUCAAGUUGAGGAAGCUUGCGAUGUACAGGUCGCUAAGAAGCAAUACCACUACAUCUCACGAGGACGAGGCAGCCAAACCAUACAAACGUGACGUACGAUUUGCUGGCGGCGAACCCCUCGAACCAAUCUCUACCGAUCUACUUGAUGUGGAGCAGGCAGAAAGAGCCGCGGCCGCUGCGACCACAGCCGACUUCCUCGCCAACCGCCCCGAGAACGCUCAGUACGUAGACGCCGACGUCCGCACGGUGCACUGCCCCCUUGAAGCCGUCGCGAAGAUUGCGCCGACUCGUACACGGGACAGCAAGGGCCGCGUGCUCCUGCAGUAUCCAACUCGCUACAUCCUGGCAUUUAAGAUGGAGGUCCUUGCCCUCCAUGAAUACUUCAAGGCCAUCGGGCGCGACUACCGCAGUGUAGCGGGAACCAUGCUAUUCUUUCUCAUACAGGUGCAGGACCUGCUGAGCAUCAGGCAUGGGCAUGGGCUUUACGAGACGACUGUCAUGGGCAAGACGGUGUGGACGAUCGUCAUGUCAGAGUCGGAUCGCCCGGAGACCCUACCCUACCCGACAGCGCGCAUUCGCAUAUUCCAAGACAUAAUGGAAAGCGAUGCACCACCCUCUGUCUUUAACUAUCGACCUACAGCACGCCGUAUCAAAGAAUCUCGACCCCGUGUUGGGGGUGAGGCAGACGAUAAGCUCGCCGCCGGGCGUAUCCCACACGCGGGACCGCACGGCAAGCGGCUUUCGACAGCCAAGGGGUUGAGGCUGGGGGCCAGGGACAGCCCUCAGCCUCAGCCUGAGACUCAGGAUGACAGCAAAGAGAAAGGAAAAAAGGCGCGCGAGUCGAUGUUGGUGAUGGAGGGAGCGAAGAGGGACACUGUCACGUGUUCCGUCUCGCUCGUCCAUCCUCCGGAAACCACGCUGCCCUCCUCCGUACCUCCUCCAGGCAGCUUCCAAUGCGCUCUCAUGACGAGUUCGCGACGAUCCACUAACAUCCUCGCUCAGCCCGUGUCCAUUGCCACUGCUAUGCCUCGGCAUAUGGCCUCUCGCUGUGAUUGUGAUGACUCCACGCAACCUGCUCGACGCUCUGCGCGCAUUCAACAACAGCAGAAGGCUGCGGUCCAGCGUUCGGCCAACUCCACACAAUGCGGACGAGCAAGUGGCAAUUCUAGUACGAACUCUCAAGGCGCCGCGAAGAGGAAGCGCAAGAGGAAUGCUCAGGGCGAGGAAGACUGCGAUUCUCAGGCCGCUACGAAGCGUUCUUCGCGUUCCGGCAGUAUCACUCCGGUUCACGAGGACGAGGCAGCCGAACCUAUCAAGCGUGCUGUACGAUUUGAUGAUAAUGAGCCCCUCGAAGCGCUCUCCGACGAUGGAGCUGCCGAAGAGGCCGCGGCGAAGGCCGCAGCCCUAUCCGUCCCAGCCGAAUUUCUCGCCAGUCGUCCGGAGAAUGCUCAAUAUGUGUCCCUGAAUCCCCGCGCCAUGCCCUGUCCUCCCGAUGCCGUGGCAAGGAUUGAGCCUAGCCGUACGCUGGACAGCAAGGGUCGCGUACUGUUGCAGUAUCCGAUCCGCUUUGUUUUGGCAUACAGAAUCGAAGUCGGCGCCUUGUACAGAUAUCUCAAGUCUGUAAAGCGUGACUUCAUCGACUUCCAGGGCACCUUGCUUGCUUUCCAGCUCAAAAUUGACGAGGGGCUGAAUAUGCGGCACGAGCAUGGCCUAUCCGAGGUCGUGUACAUGGGCAGACGGACGUGGACGAUGAUCAUGUCGCAGUCGGAUCGCCCGGAGACGCUGCCAUACCCGACCCUGCGCAUCCGCAAAUUUCAAGCGAUCAUGGGCUGUACAUCGCAACCCCGUGUAUACCCCUACCAGCCUAGGACAACUCGGCGCUCUGCGCGUAUCCAGCAGCAGCGAGAACAACCUUCGGUAAAUCCUAUUCGGCGCGAACGCGCAAUAGACGAGGCCAAAAUAACCAACGAGAAUGUUACGAUGAAAAAGCGAAAGAGGGAAGAUAAGGAUGAGGAUGCGGAGCAAAGGAACUGCAGCUCUGGUUUGACCGCCAAGAAGCGCUCCUUACGUUCCAACACCACCAGCGAGACUGAAUCGUCCACUCAGGGCAAUACAAUCGUAACCGUCAAGCGUGGCGUACGAUUUGGCCACGACGACGCUCUCGAGGAGCUUUCUGACGAUCGCGUCGCUGAAGAAAGCGCGGCGGAGGCGGCAGCCCUAUCCGUCUCAGCCGAAUUCCUCGCCAAUCGUCCGGAGAACGCUCCAUAUGUAGCUUUAAGCCCCCGCGAAAUGCCAUGUCCUCCCGAUGCCGUAGCGGGGAUGGCACCAACCCGUACGCUGGACAGCAAGGGUCGCGUUCUCUUGCAGUAUCCGAUCCGCUUCGUUCUUGCAUACAGGAUCGAAGUCGGCGCCUUGUACAGAUAUCUGAAAUCUGUCAAGCGCGACUUCUUCGACUUCCAGGGCACCCUGCUUGCUUUCCAGCUCAAAAUCGACGAGGGGUUGAACAUGCGGCACGAUCAUGGUCUUUCUGAGGUGGUUUACAUGGGCAGACGGAUCUGGACGAUGAUCAUGUCGCAGUCGGAUCGCCCGGAGACGCUGCCAUACCCGACCCAGCGCAUCCGAAAAUUCCAGGAGAUCAUGGGCUGUACAUCGCAACCUCGUGUAUACCCUUCCCAGCCUAUGGCACGCUCUUUGCGUAGCAGCGAUGCCAUUCCAUCUCAGGAGAGCGAGAAAACCAAAUCAAAGAAACGCGGCGUACGAUUCGACGAUGACCAACCUCUCGAGCCCCUUCCCGACGACAAAGCCGAUGGAGAGGCCGUGGCGAGAGCUGCUGCAGCAGCCAUCACUGUCGAAUCCCUCGCCACUCGUCCGGAGAACGCUCAGUAUGCCUCCUUGGAUCCCCGCGUGUUCCCAUGCGCUUCCGAUGCGAGAGCGAGGUUCGCCCCAACCCGUACGUUGGACAGCAAAGGCCGCAUACACAUCCAAUACCCAAUCCGCUACAUCCUCGCCUACCGAAUCGAAGUUGGCGCCCUCUACACCUACCUCAAAUCUGUCAAGCGCGACCUCCACGACUUCCAGGGCACCCUACUCCACUGCCAACCACAACUCGACGAGGGGCUGAAUAUGCGGCGGCAGGACGGAAUGACCGAGAUGGUGUACAUGGGUAGGCGAAUAUGGUCGAUGAUCAUGUCGCAGUCGGAUCGUCCGGAGACGCUGCCGUACCCGACGGCGCGCAUCCAGAAAUUCCAAGAGAUCAUGGGCUCACCGCUUGCAAGGUCAGGCGAAGUAGGCGUGUAUGUCUCUGUGUACUUCAUGUAG